GUUUACAUUAUUCAGCAGUACACAUCAGACUAUCAUUCGCACGUCACAGCACUUUUACUGUAUAGCGUGAAAAUGAUUAAUAUCAGAUUUAUCAGGAUUCUUGUGAUAGUAGGUUUGGCUUUGAUUCAGAAAGCAAGCCCCGAGCCUGUAACUCAGUGCCAUAAAACUGGAGAAAGAUAUUUUAUUUCGGAUUUUGAGCAGUGUGACAGGUUUCAUAUGUGCGACGAAGAUGGAAAUUUAGCAGCAGAGUUUUUAUGCCAGGAUGGUUUAGUAUAUGAGCCCAUAAGUAAGCAGUGUGGACUUCCCUUUAAAAUUGAUUGUAUUGGAUCAGGCAGAACUAAACUUCAGGAGCCUCAGGGUAAAUCCAACUGCAAAAGAUUGAAUGGUAAAUGGGCUAUAGCUGGUACCUGUGAUCAGUAUAUAGAUUGUACUAAUGGAGUAGAACGGCUGGUCACGUGUCAAAACCAUCUGGUUUAUGAUGAUGCGUCUGGUAACUGUGAGCAUCCUGAUGCUGCUAACCGUGUUGGUUGUACUGCUGAGGAGCUGUAUGGAUUCUCUUGCCCUAGAUCUAUUGAUGGGGGCAGAUAUGCUGCUGAAUCUGACUGCCGAGCAUUCUUCACAUGUGCUGUAUACACCAACUACCAUCCUAGACUAAGUGGUUGUCCGGUUAACACAGUGUUUAACCCUGCCAAGCAACAGUGCGAUGAUCCUGAGAAUGUUCCAAACUGCAAAGAUUACUACAAGAGCUGAUUUAAGAUCAAAUUUUUUCUCCAAUUCGUAUUGAAUGUUUUAUGUUUUUUUACUGUGAUAUUUUACUGAUGACAUAAAUAUAUUUUUCUUAUCUUUA